ACUAACCUUAACUUAUUACUAUUAUUUUUUAAAUCAACUAAAUUAAUUAAACCUCUUUCUUUCCCCUAUAAUCCCACCAUUUACAUAAUCUCUCACCUCAACACACUUACUCCAUCAUCAUAUCAUAUAAAUCUCCUCUUUCUCCCUCCUUUUUUCUUUUGUAUUUUUAACCAUAAAUUUAUGAUAUUCUUCACUUUUUAAGACAACCCUUUUAAAUUAAUUAAGGAUCACAUACAAUUGAUUCUUGUGUUUUGUUUUUGUUUUGUGGUGUCUCCAAUUCAAUAAUUAAUCUAUAUCAUGGUUAUGGAUAAUAGACAUAGAAUGAGUUCAUAUGUUUCUCAUGAACAAGAUGACCCUCAGAGCUCAUCAGAGAAUGGAGCGCCCGACUCUCCAUUCUCCGGCGAUGACUCUAGAGCCACCGCCACCGCACCUUCUCCGAAGAAAAGCAGGAGGAGCAUACAAAAGAGAGUGGUAUCAAUUCCAAUAGGAGAUGUAGAUGGAUCAAGGAGCAAAGGUGAAUCAUAUCCACCGUCUGAUUCAUGGGCUUGGAGAAAGUACGGUCAGAAACCCAUCAAAGGCUCUCCUUAUCCCAGGGGAUAUUAUCGAUGUAGUAGCUCCAAGGGUUGCCCUGCUAGAAAACAAGUAGAAAGGAGCCGUGUGGACCCCAAAAUGCUGAUAAUCACCUAUGCUUGUGAACACAAUCAUGCUCUACCAACUACCAAACACCACCAUCACCACCACAACAACCACAAUCAAACACCACCACCCAGCAACGCCGUCACGUCAAGUGUUCCCUCUCCCGAGACUCCACCUGCAUCUAUAACUCCGUCUGAUUCCACCGAGGACGGUAGCGAGGAACCGUCUCCCUCUCCGUCGUCACCGUUGCACAUGAAUCCAUUUGGUGAUCCACCUCACUUAGAGUUCGUUGGUGAUACUUUGAUGUUAGGAAAUAUUGGGAUUGAGUACAAUUGGAUAUCUGAUUUGUCAUUCUACACGCCGGCUCUUGUGGGCCCCAAAUGUGAUGAUACUGACGUGGCAACAUUUCCAAUGAAAGAGGAAGAUGAGUCCUUAUUUGGUGACUUGGAUGAACUCCCUGAAUGUUCUUUAGUUUUUCGCCAUGCCCAAGGAAGCAUCGACACGUGUACCACCGCCACUCCGAUAUGUGGUAGUACAUGAUAAAGGGGGGAAAAAACUUGAUUUUGUAAAAUUUUUUUUACUACUUCCUUCGUUUCAAAAUAGUUGAAAUUCUUUUAAAUAUCAUAAAUCGGUUUAUUUCUGACAACCAAAAUUAAAGAGGAGCAGUUAUUUUGAAGCGAAGGAAGUAGUAUUAUUUUUAAACUCACCGUUAGUCGUCUUGGUUGGGUUUUGCAAAUUUAUGGUGAUUUUUAGUUGUUAAUGGAACACCAAGAUGUGUUGUUAAUUAUACUAUACUACAAAGAGUUGAUGAAUGAUCCACGGAAUUCACACAAUUUUUUGCUUGA